GGGAAAGGAAAAUACUCACUGCAGCCCACACAAAAGGCCAGAGCUCCACUCGUUUCAAUAUCUCCAUGGCAGCAACACCACUACCACGACUUUUUCACUCAUCUUCUUCUACUAUUGUUCGUUCUUUUCUCUCUUAUUCGUUUCAUUCUCACUGCACUCUUCCUGUAUCUAUAAGUGCAGAGAUCCCGUCGGCCACCUCCAUUUGUCUUUCUUCCAAACUUUUGUUGCAAGGAUUUAUUCAGCCCAUUAGCGCAAAGAGUCCAAUUUUGCUAUUCACAGGCUCUGAAUUGCCCGCUGUUGACACUCAGACUUUCUUGGUUACUGUCAGUGUGUUGGGUGCCAUUGCUCUCUCCCUUUUUCUUGGUCUCAAGGGAGAUCCUGUUGCUUGUGAGAGGUGCGCUGGAAAUGGUACUUCAUGUCAUUUUUUGAGUGUGUUCGUUGAAUUGUGUUUUUAAUGGUUAUACGAUCAAUAAUGUGUUCAUAUGGUUAUCUUUUGUUAUUUUAGAUUCCCUAAAAUAGUUGAAGUGCCUGUGAUGCUUAAAAUAUACGGUUUUCACCUCUAUGCAAUUAGUAUUUGGCUGAUGGCUAUGGAAUAUUGCAUUUUCCAAACAUAGCCAAGUCAAGAUCUUAUUGCCAAAUAAUUACAUCUUUGAAGUCUUUCACAAUAUGGAAAUCUAUACCAGCUAAAGAGAAAAGGCUUGUCCAAUAAAGAUUUACAUAUCUGUCUUCUUGUGUGGAAUUGUUGGUGUGCUGUACACUCAAGCUUGAACAAUGCACAAAGGGGAUAGACAACAAUCUAUCACUUGCAGGCUUCAUUUGCUUUCAGCAUCAAGGGGUAGAUAAAAUCAUGCAAAGAGUCCCACAAACUGAUGGGAUCACAAAUGGAAACUGCUUACCUUCUACUUUA